AUCACGAGAUACUCUCUUCAAACUUUAACCUUACUAGUUACUGCAGGUGGAUAUAAGUCGGGGUAUUUUACACACAAGUAGAAGAAUUUUGAGUUGUAAAAAUUAACAUCAUGAUGAAAGUGUGUGUUGUAUUAGCCUUUUUUAUUGUGUCUGGUUGUGUGGCACCUCCAACAAUUGGAGUAAUCACUGCCGAUAUGAAAACAGAAGCAACGGUAGUAUCGUCCCAAACUAACGAUAUGACAACAGUAGUAACAACAGAACAACAGAUGACAACAAAACCACAACAAAUGACAACACACAGUCAAACAACAGUCAAUCCCGUUACUUCAAUGUCAAUGACAACAGAGUCAAUGAUGACAAAUAAUACUUUGCCACCUUCGUCAGAAACCACAGCCAAUCAAAUGUCGACACAAUCCUCAAACAUGUCUACUGUCACAAUGAUGACAGAAGUACCAUCAAACAUGUCGUCUGCGGGACAAAUGACAACGAUGCCGGCUACUAUGACAACAGCAGGAAAGGUGACGGCGCACCACCCAACAACCCCAUCACCGAAACCAACCACACAAAAACCAGAAACAACCAAAAAAUCUAAAUUUCAAGGAGGAACAUUCGUCGGAGGAAUGUUUUUAGGAAUAGCACUUGCGUGUAUCGUUUCAGCAAUAGUAUACUUUCUUAAAUGUAGAAAUCAAAGCUAUGGGAAAGUCAAUUAAAAUCAGACAAGAAUAUACAUCUUGUAAGAUGUUAUAUCGAAUUUCUAUACAUUAGAAUAGGAAACAAGAACAAUUUUAAAAACAUUUUGAAAUACGAAUAUUUGUUUUAGAUGGCACAGUAGAUCUGUAAUGUUUUGAAACAUAAUGAACAUAUCUUUUGACUUUGUCGUUGAUCGACGUUUUUGUAAAAAAAUAUUUAAAAAGUGUAUUUGUUGGUUUAUAUGUUGUUUAUGUUGUUACGUGCAUAAAAUUAAAAUGGUUUCAAAAUAA